UUGACAUGCAUAGUCAAUCAGGAUGUACUGAAGAAAAGAUUACCUAAAAUGUCCUCAGCAUUUGCCACCCACCCAAAGCUUACUAGUACUCUGUUGAAUAUGUUCAUAUAAAAGAGAGGAGUGGACUCCACAGGGACACUCACUCACUGUCUCCUGAACAUGUAUGAGAGUCACACUGCUCCAAUCAGAGAGAAUUCUCGGCCAUAAGCAAGAACUAAAGGGCAAGAGAAGACAAGCUUUUGCUCUUUGCUGGUGGAGAAAGAUUUACUCAUCGGCACAAGACGCAGGGAAGAUGCGGGCAGUUAGCGAGUGGCCGAAGGUGCCUACGCUCUUCCUUUUUAUUCUCGCUUUAGCCUCCCAGGAGAGCCAAGGAAUCCCUCGAAACCAUAGGGAAACAGAGGCACAGGAUGACAAAGACAAGCUUCUCCGUCUCCUUCCAGCUCCCGAUGCUUCUAGUAGCGUCCAGAUCCCGCAGCAGCACAGCUGGGGCAGGGUGCGCUCCACUAGCCAGCAGGAGAGCGUGGUGUCUAUCUCCACUUCUUCCUCCUUCUCCGAACCCCUGAGGGAUCGCGACAAGGCACUACUCUUUUCUGCCUCCUUCUCCACUGAACCCGCCCGCUCUUGGCUCCUCAGCUCAUCCAGGAACGCAGAAAUAUUUCCAAGAGAUUUGAAUUUAAAAGAGAAGUUCAUAAAGCAUUUUACAGGACCAGUCACCUUUUCCGCUGAAUGUAGCAAACACUUCCAUCGACUGUAUCAUAAUACUAGGGAUUGCACUAUACCAGCUUAUUACAAAAGAUGUGCAAGACUGCUAACAAGGUUAGCAGUGAGCCCGCUGUGUACACAGCCUUAGAAAAUUUGACAUAUUAACUCAGAAAAGAAAACCCUAAUUUGAAGAAAAAGUGCCUUGGAAUUUUAUGUAAUAUAAUGAAAAUAAAAGGCUUUGUUCCAUGGUUGAAUAGAAUUAUCAAAGAAGGAGAAUUCCCUGGAAUAAAUUUAUUUGACUUAUACAGUGAAAAUUUUUAUCUUAUUUAUAUUUGCAUAUGCAAUACAUUGCUGUCCAUUAAAAAUAGACCAUAAGCUCAACUUUCUAAAUUGAGUUUUCCUAAUGGAGACCAUCAUGUGUGUUUUCUUUCGUUCUUUCUUUUUUUACUAAGUAUAUUUUAUUUUCUUAUUUCUUAUUUAUUCCAUAUUUGUUUCAAUCUACAAUUUAACUUUGUAAGUGUUAGUACUUAUGCAAAUUAUUUGAAUGGAUUAUAUAACAGUAUUUACAAUAUUAUACUUGAUCAGUACUUUGAUCAUGUAAGAAUUCAUUUUUAUAAUUUGUUGCUUUAUUUCAAUGUAUUUAAAUAUUUUUCUCAGGCUCUUAUGUUUCUUAUUUGCACUAAUUUUAUAUAUAUGUUAUUACUCAAUAAUUUAGAAUGUUUGUCUUUAAAUGAAAUUAUAUUUAUAUUACUAAUUUAUAUUAGCAAAUUCUGAGAAGAUACUUGCAUGUGAAUAAUGUAUUCAUGUAUAUACAAACAUUUAUAUUUCUGUGGAUGUUGCACCAGCAUUUAUUUGCUAUGUUCCUAGCCCUCAUACUGUUUCUUUAAAGUUAAAAACAUGAGAUAAUUUUGUUUCUAUUUUUGUAGCAGGGAAAGGAAGUUUCAUGAAGAUGGAAAAUUUGUACAGUGUGUAUGACUAUACAUGUGUAUAUCUGACGGUGUGUUUGUACAUCCUCAUGUAUACAACAAAAACUAGAUUAUGUCCUCUUCCCAAAGUCUGGUUUAAUCAGUAUCAGAAAACACACACACACACACACACACACACAAACACAAAUAGGAAAUUGAAUGAAUAAAUAGUCUAUAACCAAAAAAAUUACCCAAUUGGCUAUAUUUUCACUUUUCCACAGUUCAUGUUGGUGUUAUAAAGACAUAGACAUGCUUUUGAAUUAUCUCUUGUUUUUCAUUUCAGUCCUCGCCUCCAUUAACAGUUAGUCAAAUAUGUCUAGUAUAUGUUUACGUAUUUGCAUUAAAAAAUUCAGAAAUGCAUUUUGUUUUCAGGAAUACUUAUAAAGCUAUUUUAGAUAAUCACCAGUUGUGUUUGUACUGGCAUACAGAUAAAAAUUGCAAAUGAUGUAUGUGAUACAGACUGGAAAUUUUGUUGAAAUAAAUAAUAAAAAGAAUAAAAAAUAGUAUGCAUUUAAA